CCACCCUUUUCCCCCCUGCUUUCGUUGCCGGCCCGGCUCGACGCGCAUCCUCGGCACGCACGCCACCACCCGCGGGCGGGAGAGUGAGGAGCAGCAGGCCAGGAGCAGCGCAGUGCUAUAAAUGGGCAGGCAUGGCUCCAGCAGCGGCGACGCUUUCCCAGUUUGCUCGCGCUCCCCACCUGAGCUCAGCGAUAGCCCGCCGCUCUCCAAGCCAGGCACCGCCAUGAGUCCGGGAGGAGGGCGUCGCGUGGGCGGCAAUAGCAACCCGCCGUCGCAGGGAGUGCACCCGCGCUACUACGUCCCCAAGAGAGGGGCGGUGCUCAAGGGGAUCGUCCGCGGCGUGCUCCGCUGCUUCCUCCUCGCUUUCAGCGCGUCGGCGGACUCCGGCGGCCGCCGCGUGCGCCCGGCGCCGGCCGAGGCAGGAGCAGGAGAUGGUGGCGCGGAGCAGGGGAAGUAGGCGUGGGUAACAUGUGCAUCCGCGGUGCCGAUCGGCUUUGCCACGGCCUGACCUUUUAUCUGGGCCGUCCGUUCAUGUUCGUUUAGUACGCCGUGCUGCUUUGUGUUGUGCUGCUGUCGUGUCGUUGCAAUCUGUGCUCUCGUAUCUCUAUGCUAUGCAGUCCCCAACUACGGUUUGUUUGUUUGUGCUGCUCUCUUGUGUUUCUGCAGAUGAUCUUAAGCGAUCCAUCAUGAGGUGAGGGUUCAAAAGCUCUUGAUCGAAAAGCUAUUUCUCUCAUCGGGGUAUGCCAGUAAUAAUCUCUCGUUUUAAGUUCUUGAUUCAAAAGCUACUUACCUUCGUUUAAUUAAUUAGUCAUUUAGUCCUCUCUGCUUCUCAAAUCUGCUCUCGACUCCGCUUGAUUCAGAGGGUUACUCCGUUUGUACAUUGUACUAACAUUACAAGAAAGAGGGCGAACUCUGCAGGGAGAAUAUGCAGACAGAGACGAGCAGCAAGUGCAAGCUUUCUACUAAACGAGCAACGACAGAUGCACGGGAGAGGAUCUUCACUUCUUCAGGUGGAUGACAUGGGAAAUGAUCAGGGUUCUAAAUGUUUUGUUUUGUCAAUAAUCUCAUAGGAACAGGUCGUGGGUUCACUGGAAUAUUUUUUAUUCUCAAAGUUUCUUCAAGAUCGCGUAAUUUCUAAAUUUUACAUGACGAGAAGUCAUUUAUGUAUAUGGAACGACUGAUUGCAACAAUUGGCAGUCAUGCAGUAGCAUGUAAAAGUUAGAUCAGUCACAUAUCAUAUUGCGCUGGAAUGCAAUUUUAAAUGCA